AGUUCUGAUGCUGUUUACGUUUGAACACACGUAUAGCUUUUUAAUCUCAUAGUCCACAAGACGAAAGAUGAAGAAAUCUAAAUUUCGUAAAGCAUUUUUGCGAGAUGUAGAAAUUCCGUUAAAUAAAACCAAUGCAAAAGUUUUGAAACCCUUGUCCGAGAACACAGCUCCUGCAAUUAAAAGUGGAUCAACGGUGAAUAACCGGCUGAACGACCAUCCAAGAACUAGCGUAUCCAGCAAAUUUCAACAACCUGAACUGCAAACAGCUCUCAAUGUUUGUAAGCAAAUUGAAAAAAUUAAAGCUACUAAAUCAGCUGUGCCCACCAACAUUGGGGAACUAACUCCGAAAAGCAAAAAGAAUAUUCGUGAACAAAUAACUAAAAGGUUAAACUUUCAGCACGACGAAAACGUUUUCAAAGGUCUAAAACCAGUGAAUGUAAACGAUUCUGUCCUAAUUCCCAUUACGAAAAAGCCACUGCGUACAAAAUAUGUUUCCAAAGAAAAACGAGACCCCGAACCGGAGCUUGCGGAUUUUCUGCGCCCCAUUCCAGAAUUCAACAUGAAUUUCGAUCCGUACCUGCCACCCGAGAUGUCACCUAAUAAACCGAAUGGAAACAAUACUAAAAACAUUAUCGAUGUAUUUAAUAAAAUCGACUUUGGUGCCUGA